GUAUAUGGCGGAUACGGUGUACAAUUUCGAUUUUUGAAUACUUAGCCCGGUAAAGAUGAUGAGGGGAGUUGGGGGGCCGUUGCUGUGCAUCAGCGAUUUGCUAAGCGACGUCGGAGAAGACAAUAAUGGUGUGGGUGAUGAUCGCGGGCUGCCUCCAGGAGCUGCUGGAGUUUCCGAUUUGCCGGCGAGUGAAUUGCCCCGGCUAUUCCAGCAAAACUUUGAUGAACUGAAAAGGGCACUCGACGGCGCAGAUCCCUGUUGGACAGCUCUUACACUUAAACUUUGUUCAGCGCUGGAAACUGCGAACAAAUUGGUCGACUCAGCCAAUUCCCGAGCAGCCUCUUUGUCCGAGCAGGUUCAGGAGCUUGACAAAGUCGUUGACAGGAGAGUUACCGCGGUUGCAGCUGUGGAAGAAGCCAUCCAAGGUUCCUUUUAAUUUUAAGAUGCAUUUGUAGCUUUGAUGAUAAGAGUUUACUUUCUUCUGGAUUGUGAAUUUUUAAUAUGAAAAAUAGGUUUGGAGCUUGAUGAUAGAUAAAAUGGUUUUGAAUGAACAUUAAGAUGAAUUUAUAUUAGAUUAUAUGGUUUUAUAACGAGGAUGA